AUGAGCUACGCAGAGUACCCCGAAUUCGAGGCCUAUCAACAACGGUGGAACACAACCGAGUCGCAUACCAUCAACAUCACGUCCCUUCUCCUGGGAACUAUCAUAGGUGCAUACGUUCUCAUCAAAGCCUUGGACAUACUGGGCUUUCCCGUCUGGCAUCUUGUCGAACGCUUUCUCCAAAUGGCAUCCGACGUCCUACGCCUUCGCGGCGCCUCCUUUGGCUCAACAACUUCUGCCUCCAGCGACGACGAUUCAGCCCAACAGGGAGGCAUGUUCGGUAGUCUCUUUGGCACGACCCCGGGGAACCUGUUGCAAAAGGGGGUACGAGGGGUUGCGAAUGCCUUCUCCAAGGGCCCUAGCGACGUGCCACCGGGCUUGGGCAAUAUCAGCAACUCUUGCUACCAAAACAGCGUUAUCCAAGGCCUCGCGUCCCUCCCAUCGCUACGCGACCAUCUUUCCAAAACCACCUCCGAAAACCCCGCGCUUACCCCGGAUACCACAAAUGGCGCGCUAUUCGAUAUCAUCACACAGCUGAACGACCCGAACAACAAGGGCCAACAUUUUUGGAUACGUGGCAAGUUGAAGUCGAUGAGCACUUUCGAACAACAGGAUGCGCAGGAGUAUUAUAGCAAAAUCUUGGACGCGCUAGAUGAGGAAGUCAAGAAGACCGCGAGCAGUAAGAGGCGGUCCUCUGUCUCCUGGCUGGAAGUUACAAAGAGCCUGAGUGACUCAACAGAUACAGAUGAGAAAGCGCAAGACGAAACAAAGGACGGACUGCAUAAGUCAGGAGCACAACCCCAGGUCCCGUCAAACCCUCUUGAGGGACGCCUCGCUCAGCGUGUUGGCUGCACGUCCUGCGGCUACUCCGAAGGUCUCACCCUUAUUCCAUUCAACUGCAUCACUGUGUCUCUUGGAAAAAGCUACAGCUACGACGUUCGGGAGUGUCUCGACGAAUACACAACUCUAGAAUUUAUCGAUGGCGUCGAAUGCGCAAAAUGUACGCUGCUUAAGCUGGAGCGGACUCUUUCGCCUUUAAUCGCUGCUAAACCCGAAUCGCCACUGAAAGCAAGACUGGACGCUGUACAAGAGGCUCUGGGAAAAGAAGAUUUUGAAGAUAAGACGCUGCUGAAAACCCUAAACGUGCCGAAGAAGAAUUGGGUACAGAGCACAAAGUCGAAACAAGCCGUCGUUGCACGCGCGCCUCAGUCGUUGGUCUUGCAUAUCAACCGAAGCAGCUUCAAUGAAUAUACUGGCAUGCCGUUCAAGAACACUGCGGGAGUCUCAUACCCAACAGUGUUAGAUCUUGGAAACUGGUGUCUGGGUGGCAUUCCUCAUGGCUCACAGCAGCCCGCUACGUCAGAAGAGGAAUGGCCCAAGGACCCCAGACAGUCGAUGCUAGCAAGGGAUGAGCCUAUGACAGACUCGCCAUUCCAAUACCGGUUGCGCGCCGCUGUUACGCACUACGGCUCGCAUGGUAACGGCCACUACGUCUGCUACCGUUCGCACCCCAAAACGGAGCCAAAGCCUAAGAAUGAUGAAGAUGCUGAGGCAUCAUCCACGGAAGACGAAGAAGCCGAGGAUGUUGCCGUACAAGAGCCGGAAGAAGUAUCUUCUACACAACAAUCAGAACAGUGGUGGCGUUUCAGUGAUGAUAGCGUUUACCCCGUGUCUGAACAGGAAGCGCACCAAGGGAACGUCUUCAUGCUUUUCUAUGAGCGUAUCAACGAGGAGGCUGUUUUACCACCACAUGCCACAGCAGAGAGUACAUCUGUGGUCGAAGAGGCACCCUUGCCGCCAAAUGAUGUUAUGACUGCCCUAAUCACCGCACUUGAUGAGGAGGCCGUCGCCAUCGCCCUGCCAGAUGAUGACGAAGAUCUACUAGAUCUCAUCCCACCACAAACAACACCAGUGCCUCAACCAGCCACCCUCGAUACCACUUCCGAGCAACACCCAGCGGAAGAGCUAGUGCCGGAUUCCCCCACAGUGGGCACUCAAAUCGAAUCCACCACACUGGAUACCGAGACAGAAGCCAGCGACGCAGAAUCCGAGGACGCGCCGUCAACACAGUUGACAUCCGACAACGAAUCAGAGGCCGACGCCCCCACGCCUCCAAAAACCACACCCACUCUUCAAAAGGUCUCACCUAACCUUAUGCGCACGGCAGGCAAUGCGUCGAACAGAGGGCAAAAGGGCAAUGGUACGCAGAGUUUACCGUUGGUGUCUGCUACGUAG